GCAGCGGAGCCGAGCGGAGCCAAACCGAGCCAGCGCAGCGCGGCACAGCGCAGCGCGGUUCGCAGAGCGGACAGGUGCGCGCGAGCGCGGGUGAGCGUGACCGCGGCGCUCCUCUGCCUCCGACACCUGAUGAUAGAAGGCGGCGCAGUCACGUCCGGAGCAGACGCUGCCCGCACUGCGCAGUCCGCGCAAACGCAGGCAUGAACGCAGCCGUCUGAAGUCCCGCUUCACGACUGAGGUCCACCUUUGGGGGGGGGCAAAGGCGGGGGGGUUGGUUGGACGCAGCGGGGAGAACUUGGACGCAGUCAAAAUUACGCCGGGAAUCAGGUACAGCUCACUGUCUCCCGGCAACGGGAGAAACCAGCGGCUGCCCGGGAUGUCGCGCGCCAAGGAGCGGCUGAGGAGCGUAAAGGAGACGAAGGACAGCGUGACGCUGCUGCCCUGCUUCUAUUUUGUAGAGCUUCCCAUCCUCGCCUCCUCGGUUGUCAUCCUCUAUUUUCUGGAGCUGACGGACAUUUUCCAGCCGGUGCAUUCUGGAUACAGCUGCAAUGACCGUAGUCUGUCGCUGCCCUACAUCCCACCUCGCCAGGAACUCUGCCCACUACCGCUGCUCUUCAGCCUGGCCUUCGCAGUUCCCACCGUCACAAUACUGAUUGGAGAAGCCAUCCUCUACUGUUAUCUGUCCAGGAACUUGUCAGCCACACAGACGGAAGCCAGCAUCAACGCUGCAGGCUGCAAUUUCAACUCCUACAUUCGAAGAGCUGUGCGCUUCAUAGGGGUCCAUGUUUUCGGCCUGUGUAUGACUGCACUUAUCACUAACGUUCUCCAGCUGUCCACUGGUCAGCACACACCGUACUGGCUGGACGUGUGCAAGCCCAACCUGACACACAUCAACAUGUCCUCCUGCGAUGAGGCCUUCAUCCUGGAGGACAUCUGCUCCGGGCCGGACGCAGGGCUCAUCAACUCUGGCAGAAAGUCUUUCCCUUCCCAGCAUGCCACACUGGCUGCCUUUGCUGCCGUCUACAUCUCCAUGUACUUCAACACGGUGCUGACAGACUCAGCCAAGCUGCUGAAGCCGCUGCUGGUCUUCUCGUUUGUCAUACUGGCCAUCCUGACGGGACUGACCCGGAUCAUCCAGUUCAGGAACCACCCUGUGGACGUCUACUGUGGAUGGAUGCUGGGAGCUGCCAUUGCUGUUUACCUGGUAUCAGCUCGCUGCUUUCCCGAAGGCCGUGUCACACAGCCACUACCAACAUUUUCAGCAUUUUUGGGUGUGUACGCUGUGGGAAACUUUCAGCCAAGUGAAGAUCGCUCCAGAAGCCGACUGUCUCCUCCGAUUCUGAGGGAGCCGCCUCUCUCGUCCUUACACAACAUCAGCCAGGCAACAGUCAGCAACAGUCAUCCAGGUCACCACUCCCUGGGUCCCAGCCAACCGGAGCCCAUAAUAACCAGGACGUCCUCCCACAUCCUGUCACAUGAGCAAACGGGGCCCAUCCUGACACGCAGUUCCUCCUACAGAGAACCCUCUCUGAGCAACCUGAAGAGAGCCAGCGCUGAGGUGGAGGUCAUCUCUCCAUCAAGCCCACUGGGCAACCGGGACAACAUGAUGAACUUCAACAGCAGCACACUGCCAAGGUCCCAUGGAGGUUCCUCAUUUGAGGAGGGUCGUGUUCCUCGACGUCACGCCUCCACCCAUGCCUCCAUGGACUCUACUCGAUCCAAGCAGCUGCUCAGCCAGUGGAAGAACAAAAACGACAACAGGAAGCUGUCCCUGCAGGUUAUGGAUGGAAUACGGCCAUCCUCCUCCUCCUCCCCUCAGAGAAACAUAGAUCUGCGCUGCUCCUCCGAACCGUCUGCCAUGGGCCUAGAGAUGGAGCUUCGCGGAGGAGCCCACAUGUCCUCAUCCGGACCUCAGGAGUCAGAGAUGCGUGUCGGGGCCCACAUUCCAGCCCAGUAUAUGAAACUGGCAGCAAACUCAGUGCCUGCAGGCAAUCAUAACCACAUGGUUCAUAAUGGGAGCACAGGAAUGACAGGGGGGGCCAGAGUCUCCAUCCAGUCACGGCCCGGAUCCUCCCAGCUGGUCCACAUCCCAGAGGAGGAGAACCCCUCCAGCAAGGAUCAGGAGAGCGAGUCAGAGGACAGCAUCAUGGACGGGGGCGGGUCAGUGAGGGAAAAAUGGCUGAGAGUGACAGAAAAGACCACCAUCCCCUGCAGGCCGCUCAGCGCUGGAGGACAGCCCCGUCUCAUGCAGGUGAUUGCUUUAUCCAAGCAGCAAGGGCUGCUUCACUCUCCGCGGUCAGAAGACGGUGGCAGCACUGUCAGCUGCACAGGGUCAAUCCGGUACCGAGCACUCAUGGACCAGGACCCGUCUCCACCAGCAUCCACCACCGGGGCAGUUGGAGGAGGAGGUUUGGAGAGAUCUGGCAGUAUAGUACGUGUUGAUGCCCACCCAGAGGCCCGGCAGCACAAACCCAUAGUGAGACCCCCGAGCACAGAUGGAAGUGGCUCAUGGCGAUGGAAACCCCCUGAGCAACGGUCAUCCCUGCGGCAGACAACCUUCGUCAUCAACAACCUGAACAGACAUGUGGACAGCUGCGAUUCUCUGAGGGAUGGCAGCAUGGCAGAUGGUCGAAGGAGCGUCACAGGAACUGAGUCUGAGAGUGAAAGUGGCGGUGAAAGCAGAGGAGGAGGGGUCUACACCAACCACCCUCACGUUGUGCAUCCUUCACAUCCCCUCCACCCCAACAAUAACUACCAAUACCCCAACUAUACCCAAAACAAUCCCAAUUAUCCAAACUUUAAUAGCGCUCAUCCUAAUUUCAACCCCAAUUCUUCUGGCUCUAACGUGUCCUUUGCUCCCACGGUCCCCUUAGCUCCUCCCUUCCACCCCCACCCGCAGGGUGUCACCACAAUAAGGGUCACCCCGGUGGAAGUGGCAGCUACCAGCAGUGACGGAGGCUCCGACUGUCAGUCUGUAGCCUCAUCCAGUCGGGAGUCUACCCUGAGGAGGAAAAACAGCAGCACGACUGCCAACAACCAGGAGCGGGGACCCACCCCCGACCUUCCGAACAACCACCGCACCGACUGCGACAGCUCCACCCGCUUCCACGAAAACCUGCGGAGUUUCCAAGAGAACCCUAUCCAGCCCAAUUACCCCACCAGGCAGAUGCAGGGGGUCUAUGGACGACCAAGCCCAACUCCUCCCCCUGUCUUACCCCGCCCUGUCCUCUCUCACACCCCACCCCCGACCUUGGGGCUGGCUUAUAAAGAAUGACCCAGGUGUGAGAUUAAAACAUCCAACGUGGGCUGAUGGGCAUAAACUGAGACGACACAGAAUCCAUCUUUCAUUGACAGUCAGCCCAGAGGUGGAGGGUUUGACUCCCACCUCCCCUUAAAUGUUCAGAAAGGCUGCAGUGUUUUUACAAUCGUGGUUUACCAACAUCACGACUGGUUCAAACCUACUAUGAGGCUGGUUUAUGGCAGAUGCACUCUGGAUGAUGGGGGUCCGGCUCUGCCUCUAGUCUUUUUCACCACAGCCAGGGUUCACUGUGAUGUUCUUCUGUUAAUCGGCCUUUUUUUGUUGUUUUUUAAAUUAAGGAUUGCUUUGAAGAUCUGCUUGAACACCUGAUGGUCUGAACUCAAGAAGAGACCUGAGGGUUUCAUUUGUCCUUGUCAACCGUCCAGUGGGGAUCUGAAUGGAGAACUCCUCCUUCGCCUCAGCUGUGAUCGGGACGGCCUUGCCUUCUGACACACAGGGGGCAGGACACCAGGCUUCUGCAGGUUCUGACGGAGAUCCUGCCCCAAAGGGAACAUGAGUGAGAGCCCAUCAGGGCUUCAGCAGCAUUGUGGUGUUGUGUUUGUGUUGGAAUCAUAUGGUGGAUGUGCGUUAUUGACCCCCCCACCCCAUCAGCAGACAUGAAGCUCUGAGGCUCAGCUGUCAGAAAAAAAGUGCACUUUGUGGAGAAGUCAAGACAACACUUGGGACAACAUUAAGAUACUUUUUUUUACAGUUUGUAUCUAUUUAUGACGUUUACAUGGAGUAAUGGAUUCUCUGGUUCUUGGGGGGGGGGGGGGGGGGGUGUUAGACACGUAGACGCAUUUACAUACGAAGACAAUUUGUGAUAGGUUGGUGUGACAUCCCAUCAUCAAGAAAGAGUCAAAGAAUAGCUAGUGAUCGCACAAGUUCACGCUUAAAUGUCAAGGUUUUGGUGUGUGGAUGUUUGGAUGCUCUUCAUCAGCUCUCUGGGCGUCACGAUGAAGAGGAUUCCCCCAGGAUCCCCCAGUGAGCCACACAGUUAAUGUGCCACUUAUACAUGCUUUUAUUUUGAAAGAAUUUAGAAAGAGACGUGUCUUUCCUGCUUUAAUCACAGGUUCAGACCAUACUGUCGUCAGGAUUAUUGAGAGGUUCUCUUAACUUGCGGCUGACAUGGUGUGUGUGGGGAUGGGGGGCUUUUACGGUGGGUUUGUGGCGGUUCUGGAGGUCUGCUGGUUGGAGCACAGAAAGACUGGUGCUUGGGAAUGAUUCUGCCGGUUCUGCUGCUGUGAGCCUGACCCGGUUCAGAGAAAGGGUACAGGUGGUCAAUCUGGAGAGGUUCAACUUGGAUGAGUUUAGUUUCUUCCAAAAGGUUUAUAGAAGGCGUGGAAUGCUGAUGGUUCAGCCCAAUGGUCACAGAAUCAGUGAUCCGAUCCGAAACGCAGAUACUUCUGAUCCGUACGAGUUUUCCUUUAUAAGUGGCAGCAAGUUUGGUUGUGAGUCGUCAUGGCAAUCGCAUGGCUUGAUGUGAAAGGAUAAUCAUAUGUUUUUAUGUAAAUACAAUUACUUAUGGGAACUGGUUUGUAUUUAGCAGAAUUGUUCAAAGCUGAGGUGGAACAGCUUUAUCUAGGCGCUUCAGGCAAGUUUGAUCGAACUGAGAACCAAAUCAUUAAGCAACAUCUCAUCUCACAAACUAGCUGGAGAGAGAUGAUCUGAGUUAUAGUCCGCACCAGGAUCUACCCAACUCCACUACCUAACAUGAUUAGAGCUUUAUGCUGCCAGAGAAACGUCCGAUCAGCAAACGACUUUCUGUUUUAUCAGCACUGACGGUCUGCAGGGUGACCCAAAUGUGAGUGAUGAGGUUUUUGGUUUCAAACAUGCUACAGAGAGGAGCUGCUUCUGUCUCCAGCUCCUGUUUCCUCUGAGUCCAGCCUCUUCAGCCUUAGAUGCUCACAGAUCCUCCUGCUGACAUGGCAGCCAUCCCAGAGCUCGCUCGGACGGUGCCGCCGGCUCCAGAACAGUGAAGGCUCACUGUGGAGAAAGGGGGAACAGUCUUGGUAGCAGCUUUUCUAGGGGUGCGUGCACGAACCAUUCUAACACACAAACUGUGGUUCAUGAGGGAAUUUUGUGCAAAAGUCAGCAGCUUGCUGGUGGGAAGGCUACAUUUCAGAGCAGUUUGGGAUGGAAAUGAGUGUUUUAUUAGUCAUUUUUCUACGUUACCAUAUAUUAAUAAAUUGAGCCUCUGUUUUUUAAAUGAAUGCAGGCGUAUAAAAGUGCAGUGGUGGAGGCGCAGAAGUCCUUUCGUGGUUCAGGCGCUUCUGUAGGCGUCCACUGUCCAUCCGUCCAUCCGUCUGACUGCAUGCAGAACUGAGAAGCUGGUUCUGAUUCUGUCCUUGUUACAGAUGAUGGCUUGUAAUGAAUGUAAUCCAUUUUUAGGCCUUUAGGACCGUUUGCUCUUAAUUCUAAAUAAUUAUUUGGUUUUCUCUGCACUUUUAGUCGCACAUUACAGGAAAUUGACAUCGAGUGAGAUCAUUGAAUCUUUUUUCUGUGAUUUGUUUCUCUUUUCAAAUGUUUCAUUUUGUCAUUUGGUAAAACUGCAUGUAUUCUUUGCCGCUUUCCUUCAUAUUCACAAAUAUCUAAAAAAAUGUGAAUUUUUCUUCAUAGAGAUGAGUACGAAAGAGUGGAAGCAGAAUAUUUUCAAACAUAUUUUGUUGUAUUUUAAGGCAUUGUGGCAUUUAUGGCAAUUCUAUUUAUUUAUAAUAAUAUAUUGAGUAUAAUAUAUUCAUAUAUAUAUAUUAUGAUAUUGUAGGUGUUCCUUUAAACGUGGACAGGCCGCCGCUCUGAGAUUUGGGUUUUGUGAGAAGCUUUUCAUUAGGACGAAUUUUGAUAAGUCCUCUUAAAGGGCUUCUCUGACAUGGAACAUGUUUUUGCAGAGUUGUACAUCUGAGAUGAAGCGGUUCUGGACUGAAGCCUGAAUCUCUAAAGCUGGUCUGUAGACUGGCGGAAGCCAAGGCGUUUUCUAGAAUAUGUUUUUAUUAAGCGAAGCUCUCAUUCUUCUUUGGUUUUCGAUGCUAAAAUGUGUUGGAGUGCUGUAUCUGUGAACCACCUCUGAGUGCUGGAGGGAGGCUGUUUUGUACUCUGCGGCCCAGAUGGGCAGAGGUUCUGCUGACGGCAGCUGGGACCCUCUGGAGCAGCAGGACCACCAGCAGAAAAGACUCCUGACAGAGGUGGUUCUGACAAAGCCAAGCAUCCUGAUGUUUCUGUUGUCUGGUGUUUCUGUAACUAAAUAAAGGUUUGAUAUCCAGCCGUC